ACAUUUAUGUCACUUUCAUCUAAUUUACAUAAAACGCUUUUUUGCAGAGAUGCUUUGCGAAAAACAUAUAAUUUUUCUUAUCAAAAUACAUAUUAAUAAAAUGAUUUUAAAUUCGUGAAAAUAAAAACCAUUUCAUGGUCCAUCAGCUAAAGAAGUUUAAGCAUUUUUUGUAAUGUUUUUGUAAUAACAUAACCUCAAACUUUGUUUUGUCAGUAUGAGUGCAAAUGUUUGUGUAAACUGUAGAAAUGAAAAACCCGUAAAUCUUACUACAAACCGACUGGUUACCGAGAGCUGCGGUCACGUUAAGUGUAUGGACUGUCUGUUACACGAGACAUCAGGUUGUGUAGCCUGUUUAUCAAUAGGCAACCCUGAACUUGAACAGAUUGCACAAAACAACGAAACUGACGGAAACGAAGCCCAAACGAACCUACUGAAUAUUGAAGACGACGACGUUAACAGAGAUGAAUUAGUUUGUGAAGAUUUAAGCAAGAAAAGGAAACCGGAGACAUCACAUAUUAAAGUAGAGAUAGAUGCUAAAGGGGUCAGAUGCUACAUAUGCACUUUGUGUGAUAAAAAGUUUCAUGCACGUAGUCAAGUGGCGUACCAUGCAUAUUGCAACGGACAAAAGAAACCAUUUCACUGUGAUGAAUGCAAGAAGAGUUUUGCGACACACUCCCAUUUCAAGUAUCACAUGAGGGUACACCGUAACGAGCGGACGUACGCGUGUGAAGUCUGCGGCGACAGCUUCUUCCAGAUGUCGAAACUGCAAAGACACAAACUGAAACACACUAAAGAGAAGAAACAUGUGUGCAAUCAAUGCAACAAAGCGUUCAAUAACUUAACAUCGCUCCGGAAGCACGGCCUCACACACACCGAGGAGAGGCCCUAUGAGUGCAGCACGUGCGGGAGGAGAUUUCGUGACGGCUCCAACUACAGAAAACAUGUCGACAAACAUAAUGUUGAUAAAAAAUAUCAAAGUGGUCCGUGCGGUCCCCAGCGUCGUCCCUACCAGUGUCCGCGCUGUCCCCAGGCCUUCCAGUCGGGGAAGGACAUGAGGAGACACGUCGCCGUGCACUCGGAUUCGAAGCCGUUCCGGUGCAAAGUGUGCGACCGUCGAUUCCGGAGGAAGGACAAUCUGGAGCGCCACAUCCGCAACACGCAUCCCGACUACGUCACGUCGAGCGCGGUCGAGUGCGACGAGACAGCCCUGCGGCAGAUCAUAACUCCCACCCCUCCCGCCCCUCCCAUCAACGGCGACGAGAAAACGAAACUGGAGAACAUGAACCCCUUACCCCCCCUAACCGAGGAGGUCAUCCAGAAGCACAUGCACGGCGACACGGAGGUAGACAAGUCGUACAUUCUCGUCGCGAACAACGCCCGGCAAAGCGUCAUUGUCGGCCAGUGGACGGCCAAAGUGGACCGUGACACGAGCCCGCCGGUCUGCGAGUACGUGCACAAGAUCAGGAGGGCCAACUCUAUGGCCAGCCAGAACAACAUAUCGUUGCCGCCCAUCGACGAGAAGAAGAUGGUGGAGCUUAAAAAGAAGAGUCUCGAUACCUUCGACGUGGGAGCCCCUCCGAAGGACAAGAAGAAACUGUACGAGAUGAUUCUCUAUGACGACGGAGAUAAACGGGAUACCGACGACGCGAGCGCCGACAGUAACUCGGACAAUUUGUGGAAGAGAAGAAAAAUGAAACUGGUUUGAACUGAUAUUAGACUGACUGAAAGACACGGUGACUGUGAGUAAUGUAGACUAUUUAGAUACCUGUAUUAUUGGUAUGGAACGUUUGCUUAUCUGUGUAGAAAUUGCUUAUUUCAUGCAACACGGGCUAGGUAGACUAAAACGUGUAUGAAAUGCUUAGAUCGACUGAUUAUUAUUUUCAUACGAAAGCAUAUGAUUGUAAAAAAAAGAAAUAGGAAAAAAUUGCGUUUUCUUUUUCUUUAAAUCAAUCAUGAAAUAAAAAUUUUUUUUCUGUUAAAUUAUUAUAUGUAAAUGCAUUUGAGAUUUCGAUUUUACGCGGGAAAAUGGGCGGCGUUGUGAUUGUGUCUGUGGACUCCUUAACUGUUUCACUGUCUGCACGACGGUAAAAUCAAGUACAUGUUUAUCAAUUUUUAUAAUUAUUUGUUAUGGAAAGUGUGAGUUUUGGGAAUUUGUAAAGAAUCUAAUAUAAUCGUUUAUGAAUAUCGAUAUCGAUAUCGAAAUGAUAAUAUAUCGUGAUCAGUCAAUAAUUUAGUGUACAAGUGCGUCCGAGACGGUUAGUUAUUAAGCGAAAGUGAUUCUUAUUUCCAUUUAUCGAGUUACGUUUCAUGUUUUUUUUUUUUUAUAAUUAUUUUGAAAUUUAUAAAAGUCACAUUUAAUUAUUUUGUUAACCGACUCAAAAGACCAAAAUCGAUUUAUGAUCUCAACGCGAGCAGGUUUUUUUUUUUAAAUGUAAUAUGACCGCGUUUUUGUAUCUCACAUUGGCAGUUAAUUAUUUACAUAGUUUUUUAAAGACAUUAGUUUCUGCUAAUUUUGGUCCUAUUGGUCGACAAUCGACCUAAUCACAGAUACUUUAACACUUACAUUCAUUUUAUCCAUUACGUUUUCUGUUUUGUUUGCGAGAGUUUUCUAGCAUGCAUUACGUGGUAAAAACUUUUUUUGUAAUUGAUAAUCCUAAAGCUCAAUACCUGUUACACAAAUAAAAAGAAAUUAAUGAAAAAAUAUAGCCAUAAUAAUAAGUAUUUGCUUUGCAUAAUCUAUGUACAUACAAGUAGAUACGAUAUGAAAUAUAGAAAGCUAUACAUAAUUAUUUUUUGUAUUAAGCGAUGAUCUGUCAACUUAACAGAACAGAAUAGGAUACCUAACAGUAUAUUUAACGAUUUUUUUACUUGGAAAUGAGGACUCAUGUGUUUUGAAUGUGGGAUGAGAUGGGUCCUGAGUCCCGCCCAGUCCCGAUUUUUUUUUGUGGACCUCAAGUUCCUCGUAAGGUUCACUACGACCACAAUAGCUAUAAAUCUUGUUGAUACUGUUUUUUUUUUUUGGAUCCGAUCGUGAAGUCGACAGAAGGUCACUUAAAACAGAUAUUACUAUGCAAAAAUCAAUUUUAUUUUAAUGGCUUUAAAUAUGUAUUUGUGUAUGCGUGACAGUGUUAAAUGAAAUUACGGAAUCUUUUUUAGAAAGAGAAGGUUUUGAGAGCGUAGUUUGAGAAUCGAAUUGAGGCGAAACUAAUUUUUUUUUUUUUGAUUGACACUAUUAUGGCAUUACCACAGACGUCUAAGCCGCAUUGUUAGUUCAAAAAAUGUUCACCAUUCUUUACGAUGUCAAUUUUAAAAUAUGCCUUAGCAUAUGAUUCAAAAAGGUCAUUGGACGUAAACUGAGCUUAUCUGAGGAAUAUAAUAGUGACGUUACAAAUUUCACCAAUAAUAUUUAUUCCAUUUUAGUGUUUGUAAAUACGUUCGGCGCUUAGUCGAGACAAUAUAAACACUAGGAUUGUGUAAAUUGUUUUUUUUAAUUAAGUAAUAUUACCUUAGUGUUUGCCUCAAUCAAACGAAUCGAAGACUUAAAAUAUUGGACUGAAGGAAAUUGGAAAGACUGUCGUAAAACGUAGAUUUUCUACUCUAAUUACUUGUGAAAGUUUGCUCAUAAUCAAAAUUGUUCCUCACGUUCAUGAUAGAUGUUAAUGCGAAUUGCAUUGUUCUUUGUAUGUAACACAAUUAUUCCGGGAUGCAAGGGAAACGUCACCGAAAGCCAAACUGUUUUAAGCUAUUGCAUAGCUUUUAUCGCGGGCUUUGAGCGCGGCGACCGAAUCAUGAAAUUCCGUAACGGAAAAAACCUAACAACCUUCACUCUGCUUACCAUGUAGCUCGCGUUCAACACAUUCGCACGUUGCGCUUGUGUAGUGUUUGUGAAUAAGCGCGUGGCGUGACGUCACACUGCAUGCGCAUCAUGAAAAGUCUGCCCAUCUCUUUCUCGCGCGGUCUAGCUUAUGAGUGUGAAGGGGACAGUUAAGGUUUUGCUUUUAUUAAUGUUUAAUAUAGCAUGGUUUUGUUUUAUUAUUGCUUUAAUAUUAAAUUAUCAUUGUCUAAUUAUAUAUGCAUAAGUUGAUAAAAAAUGCUAUGCAAUAGCUUUACCGCGGCAGUUUCCGAGUGCCACACGUUUGUUUUUUUGUUUAGAUGAGUGGACGAGCUCACGGCCUACCUAGUGUUGUGGAUACCGGGGCCCAUAGACAUCUACAACGUAAAUGCCGCCACCCACCUCGAGACAUGAGUCUAAGGUCUCAGUUUUAACAGUACAACGGCUGCCCCACCCUUCACACCGAAACGCAUUGCUGCUUCACGGCAAAAAUAGGCAGGGUGGCGGUACCUGCCCGCGCGGACUCACAGGACGUUCUACCACCAGCAGCGCUUCAGGCAGCUCUACGUAAAAUGAUUAGGCCAGUGAUUCUCAACCUUUUUUUUUGUUGCGGCACAUAUUUCACGAUUUCAAAAUUUGGCGGCACACAAAAAAAAAAGAUAAAAAUGAUUUACUUACUACAACACACUGCAUAAAUAGUUUAUCAAAAAAAUUUAAUAUACGAAAUAAACUAAAAUAUACUAUAAUUUUUUUUUGUGGAUUUAAAUAUAUAUUCAUGUUUAAAAUAUUUUUCUUUUAAAAUGAUAUAAUUUAAUAAUAUUAACAUUAUUAUAUAUUCGCAAAAUUUGGCGGCACACUUUUGAAAUUUGGCGGCACACAAAAGUGCCGCGGAACAGUGGUUGAGAAUCACUGGAUUAGGCGAUUAAGAAUUGUGUAGCGCGUGGAAAGCAAAAACAUUCAGAUUUGAAUAAACAUUGUGUUUUUUUUAAAUGUUUUCCCGAACUUGUAGUCUUCGUUUUUUGUAAAUCGUUUCCCUUGCACGAUGCCGACGCGUUUUGAAGUUUGCCAAAAGUUUGAUUGUAAAGUACUGAGCGGUCUCCCGAGUGCCAUUGUAGAAUAGAUUUAAAAAAAUUUAUGAAUUUAUCAAGUUUGAUCUCUCGUACCUCGAGUUAACGGAUAAUUUUGGAGGAUGUACUUAAUUGAUUAUAAUCGCGAAUGAAUUUUAUUCCAUCCAUCCGGUGAUGGUGCUAGGAUCUGUCUAUCCUAAGCAGGCUGUGUCUCCGAUACUUCCAGUAGCCACGAUCCGUCAGGGUCAUGACCCAUGUUGCUGUGGCAAAUGACAUCUAAAUGUACCUGAGUGUACGUUCUAAAGAUAACAAUAUAACCAUUGUACCGAGAUAAAUAGUCACCAUAGACAUUUAUUAUAAGUCGUUAAUCUUAAUAAGUUAACACUUAAAAAGAAGUGUUACAGAAUGUGCGGAAAUAAUUAUUACAUUGUAUUCAUAAUGGAAAGCAGCGAUUUGAUAUUCUUCUUAAAAUCGGUUUUAAGGCCUUAAUUUUUUUUUUAAAGCUUAUAAUUUAUUGCUGGUUCCAAAAAUGAUCGUCAUGGAUGUAACCGUGUUCUGGAAUGCUAAUGAAAGCAACUCAGGAACCGAUAUUUUUUGUAAACAGCUGAUAGUAGUAUUCGCUGCUUAUGGGCCACGGCAAAUUUGGGUUCUAAGCCUACGUGUCUACGCUAUCAAAGUCAUGUGUGAUUAUUGUAGUACUAGCCACAGCUAUCGCAUCCAGCUUGUUGAGUAUGUGCAUAUUAGUAUCAUACUCUUCUAUUAAUAUCAGUAAAUAAUUAAAAUCUGUAGCCGUGAAAAAUUUUAAUCGAGUUCCAGAUUAUCAAACAAACAUGUUAAUUUAUCAAUUAUUAAAUGUUUAUUACUUGCGGGUCUUUGAAUCGCCCACAAACGUCAAAUUGACACGAACUCCUUUUCCAUCCGAACAGGAAUUGUCUAUGGUGCUUUUAUUUUUUCUUAAUAACGGUUACGAAAUUCAAAGCCAUAAUUUUUUAAUUCAAUAAUAAAUAUUGACUGAAGAACAUGAUCUCUAACACAUGUUGAUCUCAACUUAAUGUAAGGAAGACGUUAUACGCUCUUAGUGAACAGUUGCGUUUUUAAUAUAAUAUAAUCUAUCGAUAUACGUCAUAUUUUAUUUCAAUAAAAAUUGUAAUUUUGAUUACAAUGAUUUAAAAAAAAGAACGCAAAAUCUGAGUAAAAUAAUAGCGAGAUAUUGGCGCAAUUUGCCUACUACCGUGAUCUAUGUUACUGUAGAUAAUUCUAUUUUUUUUAAAAUACACAUUGUAUGCAACAUUAUAAAGAUGCAUCAUAGAAUUCUGCGUUCAUUCUCGUUGUUAUUAAUAAGAAAAAAGUUUGAUAUGUCAUUGUGUUUUGAUAGGCUAUUACUUUUUCUAUUAACCGACGGAAAUGCAAAAAUGUAAUUUCUAUUUUUAAAUAAACAAAAGACAAUUGUGUGUAAGUGAAUAAAUAAAUAUGACGUAUCGUUCUAAAAGCAACUGUCAAAUUUAAGGUUGUUUUUUUUUAAACCAGGCUAUGAUUUUAAUAAUAAUACGGUAAAUAAAUAGGGAUUGACAUCACAGAAAAUCAGCCAAAUAUAAUUUCAACAGCCUGGAUUGUUUUAUCAAUUUAAACAAAUGACCAUGGAAUUAAUCACAAUUUCAGCUAUUUAUAAUCGACGAUGAAACAUUGUUUUAAUGGUAUAAAAUACUUUUUUUUUUGUUGUUAAACGGUUUGUGGAAUUUACUAAUACUAAAUAAAUUUAAAAAUAUUUUAUGUAUUGUUUGUAACGUGAAAACUUUGAUACCAAUAUAAUGAAUUUUGGAA